AAAAAAAGAAGAGUUAGAGAGAGGGGGAGAGAGAGAGAGAGAGAGAGGCGAGUGAGUGCAGGAGAAAAGUUAGCCGAGCUGAGAGCUCCCACAAAUCACUUUGUCACCAGCAAGCUCUGACAAGCACCAAGAGAGAGAGAGAGAGAGAGCACAGGGAGAAAGGGAGAGAGACAGGGGGUUAAAUAGAGGUGUGAAUAGGGAGCUGUGUCAGACUCAAGAGGGAAGGUGUGAAGGAGCUGCUGCAGGCAUAAACGAGGUGAUACCGAUGGAUGAAUAGUGGGAAGAGAGGACAAGAGACAAGACAACAACCCGACUCCCAAAAGAGCGUGAGCUGAGAGGGACUGUUACUCCUGCUACUGCUGUUGUCACUGCUGCUGUGUCUGGAUGGUUCACUCAUUUAAAGAGAAGACGUUUAGAGGGGACCUGUUUGACAUUACAUACAUGAGCUGUGAAUAGAGGAGGACAGGAAGCAGUGUCAGCUGAACAGCCUUGGACUCAGGGAGUAAGUAAGUCAGGCUCUUUCGUUUCAUUGAGUGCGACACAGCUCCCUUUACGUUCACUCAGAUGGUCUCUGGGGACGAGUAAAGAGAAGCCCGCCUGGUGAGCUGACACGUGGAGGUGUAUACAGAAUACCUGCUUUUGAGUAAGGCAGGAUUCAGUUUAAUACCGGAGCUGGAGGCUUUGAAUCAGUCAGUCACCAGCUGAUUCUCCUCUGUGGAGUGUGUUGUUAGAUUCAUUUGACUGAUGGGUGCCGUGGAGAUCUUCUGAGCCUUGGGGGCGCUGUCUAUGUGCACGUUUGGCUGGGCUCUGUUAGCGUUUGACAGCUCCGCUCUGGACUCACUUCAUGGUCUGAGACGUCACUGUGUUACCUGUGUGGCUGAGUCAGAGGCUGGCUCGUCCCUCUACGUCUGUCUGCCCACUGGGAUUCUCUCCACCUGCUUCUAUGCAAAGAAGACACGAGUGUUAGGUGGUUUUCACAGCAGCAGAGACAGCGGUGGCACCAGUAGCUCUGAACUUUCAGGACUCUCCACAGUGCUUUAAUUGUUGUGCUGUGUGUAAACACUCUGCGUCACUCACACCUCUGCACGGAGUGAUUCACUAUUCCCCGAGCAUCCCAGGUCAGAGACAGUCAGUGAAAGGAAAGGUGAAAGAGGAUUUGCUAAGAACCAAACAGGGGUUGCAGACAGUCAGAUUGCACCAUGAAGCUGGCGUUCUUGAUGCUCGUCGCUGUGUACACGGUGGGCAACGUAAGCGGCAUGUCAACAUGCAAGACGCUGGACCUGGAGAUGGUGAAGAAAAAGCGCAUCGAGGCCAUUAGGAGCCAGAUCCUUAGCAAACUGCGUUUACCAAAAGAGCCUGAGCCGGAUCAGGCUGGGGACGAAGAGGAGAUCCCCACCACCCUGUUGUCACUCUACAACAGCACCAAGGACAUGCUGAAGGAGCAGCAGACUGAGGUCCAGACAGACAUCUCCACAGAACAGGAGGAGGAGGAGUACUUCGCCAAGGUGCUACACAAGUUCAACAUGACCAGUAAGAAUGACACAGAUGCCAACACCAAGAGCAAGAGCACCAAAACCAUCCCCAUGUACUUCAACAUCACUAAGAUACGGGAGAGCGUGGGGGAUUACCGCCUGCUGACGAGUGCGGAGCUACGGAUGCUCAUCAGUCACACCACGAUAGCUGAUAAGCAGCGGGUGGAGCUGUAUCAGGGUCUGGGGAAGUCGGCCAGCUACCUUUUUUCCCGCUUCAUAACUAACCAGUGGAAACACAAAUGGCUGUCCUUCGACGUCACAGAGACCCUUCAGGAAUGGAUCCGCAAGAACUAUACUGAGCAGGCUUUCGAACUCCGGCUGUUCUGUGAAUGCAGCGACACCAGUAGCGAGGCUGGCUUCAAUUUUCAGAUCUCUGGGCUAUCGGGCAGUAGAGGAGACACAGAAGUAAUACGAUCCAUGACGCAGCAACCACCGUACAUCCUGACCAUGUCCAUCCCUCAAAAUGUCAGCAGCCACCACAGCUCACGCUCAAAACGCUCCACGGAGACAAAGGACACCUGUACAGCCCAGACAGAGACCUGCUGUGUGAGGAGCUUGUACAUCGACUUCAGGAAAGAUCUGGGCUGGAAAUGGAUACACAAGCCAACGGGAUACCUUGCCAAUUACUGCAUGGGGUCCUGCACCUACAUCUGGAAUACUGAAAACAAAUAUUCUCAGAUUUUGGCCUUGUAUAAGCAUCACAACCCAGGAGCCUCUGCCCAGCCCUGCUGUGUCCCCCAGGCACUGGAGCCACUGCCAAUCCUCUACUACGUGGGCAGGCAACACAAGGUGGAGCAGCUGUCCAAUAUGAGCGUGAAGUCUUGCAAGUGUAGCUAAAAAUACAACAUGGCACACUGAUCUCUCACACACACACACCCACACACACACACACAGAUGGAAGACCACAGAGAGGAGUGUGUGACAGAGAUAAAGAGGACGAGAAUAAGCGGACAGUCAUCAGGAUCUUUGUGGUCCACCUUUCCUCCUGUGAGCUCUGUCUUAUCAUGAACGCACAUCAAACCGUGGACUUCUUUAUAUAGAUAUUAUAGAUCAUAUUUUCUAUGUAUAUACUUUUUUUUCUUUGCAGUAGUAAAAAAAAUGUCUGUCUUGAAAUGAAUUAAUUUAUUUGUUUUGAGGGACAGGUCUGUAAAGAAGUGUAUAAAAGUCAAAAUAAGUAUGUGGAUAAAAGGAUGCCAAGCGACAUGAAGAGCAAAACGACCUCGACGGAAGAACACUUUUGUUUUCACACAUGAUUGGGUCAUUUCUGUUUGCCCUAUCAUCUACCUUAAGAGGUCAUAGUUAAAGGUGCUAAAUCCCAGGUAUGAAAAACCAGUGGUUGUUGGGGUUUUCCUUGAAGAUAAUGCCACAGGUGUUUUCUGGAGAGACUCACAUCGUAAAGGACAGCAGACAACCACAGGGACAGUCCGACCUGGGGAAACUCCCUCUGACUGAGACUGGAGCAACCGUCAGUUUUUUUUACUUGCUUUGUUUGUCUUUCAACCCACGUGAUUUAUACAAUGCUUUGUUUCCUGUCACUAUUUUUGUGCUCAUAACUGAAUGUCAGCUUGUCCUCGAGAAGCCUCCCGUGCUGUCAAAGCCAUGAGUAAUUUUUCAGCGGUUGUGAUGAGAGUGAUGACACCAUGUUUUUCUCCCACUCAGGAUUUACAGCCAGUUUUGUUGUCUUCAGAUGGUGAGGGGUCAGGGGAUGCGGUUGUGGUGUUUGGUUUUAGGUCAUUCAGACUCAAUACACACAUUUGCUGUUUGUUUGUUUUUAAUCACCGUAGUCAAUUAGGGGCAAUUUAUUGCCUUUCAGGUUUUUAACUUCCAUCUGAAGUGUGACGCUUUUUGCACAAGUCAAGAAUUAAUUCAGCUUCAAUGAUUCAAUUUUUUUUUCAGUUUAUCAUAUUUUUAUAGCGCACUUACAGUUUGAAAUUUGCAUUUGUAAAUUGAAAUAAACAUUGAUGUUAAAUUAUCACGUCAGAGUGGAAUAAUUCUGUGAGCAAAAUAAAAAAAAACCACAUGCAAUGUU